GUCAAAACAAAAAGUCAAAACAAGAUCUUAAUUUUGAAAUCACUAGAGCGAUCUUUAUUAAAUUUGAUUUUAUCUAAAAUAUGGCGAAUUUUUGUUUAAAAGACAGUGAUAAGUACUAUUUGUGCCUUUCCGAUCUGCCCAAAAGGUUUGACGCUGAUAGCCCUGUGACCAACGUAUUUUUUGACGACACAAAUGGAGAAGUUUUCACCGUUAGAUCUGGGGGUGUGACAGGAGUCACUGUUAACGGAAUGGAUGAUUCAAAAAGCACUUCCUUCCGAAUGGAAGAUAAAGGACCGAUAAUUUCAAUAAAAUUUUCUCCUGAUCACAACAUACUUGCAAUACAAAGGAAUCUAGAGGGUCAGAAUGCAACCGUAGAAUUUGUUAACUUCAAAGACCUGGCUCCUACGAAUGUUGAGUAUUCGCACACAUGCAAAUGGAAAAAUGCGAAGAUACUAGGUUUUGUAUGGCCGAAGGUGAACGAAAUAGCAUUCAUAACUGAUCAUGGUGUUGAAUUGUUACAAGUCUUGCCAGAAAAAAGGCAGCUGAAGACUUUAAAGAACAUUUCAUUUAGUGGUGCCUGGUUCUCCUGGUGCGCUCAAAGCAAUAUCAUUCUGCUGGCUGGUAAUAAUGGUGCUCUAUUACAACCAUUCUCUUUGAGUAACUCCACCAUUAGCAAACUGCAAAAACUAGAAGUGGAAUGGUCACGACCGGUGGUGGAGCGUGACGUGUUCGUGCUGCGACUGUGCGGCGGAGCAUGGUGUGCGCUAUUUCGACAUGCUGACACCACCACACCCACACCUGCCACUGGACCGACAGAAGUAUGGCUGAUACCCAUAUCCGGAGGAGGAGCAACACAACAUGUCUUAAAGACUGGGUUAGUUGGCCGGUUCGCUGUUAGUGUGAUCGACCAAUUACUUGUCAUUCAUCAUCAGUCAAGUCAAACUUCACAAAUAUUCGACAUAAUGGAGGAAUCAAAGCCAGAAAAUAAUGUAGUUAUUCACAUACCAAUAGUGCAAGGAAUCUCUUUGAAACCUGCAGUUGUUGACGACCAGCCCUGUCCAAUGUAUUCAAGCAACUGGGUUGUAUUUCAACCGGACUAUAUUAUAGACGCUCGCCUCGGUUGUCUAUGGAAAGUCAAUCUCGUACUUUCUGGUCUCGUACACUCGGUACCCAAAGACGAAGUAUCCAAAAUAGUAGCGACUUUGUUGAGACGUCAAAACGGAAAGGAGACUAUUUAUAGGAUACUGAAUCAACUCGUCAGCGAAGCUGGGACUUACCUCGUGGAACUGACGAGGGCUUUUGACGAAAUAAAUUCCGUGUACAGGAAAUGGGCCGACCUGGAGGUGGCGCGGAACACGGCGGGGCAGACGGCGCUCGCACGCGCGCCGGCGCACUUCCCCGUACUCGUGUCGCAGGCAGACGUGUGCGCGCACGUGCUGCAGGCGCACGCGGACGACGAGCGACUGGUGCAGGUAGUGACGACCUACCUAGCAUCUCUAUCCCGUCACGACAUGGUGGUGCAGCACCCGGUGGCAGAACUGUGCGUGCGGACACUGGUGACGCGGGGCGCAGGGGGCAGGCUCCGCUCGUUGGUGCGGAGGGGCUGUCUGGGGGACGCAAGACCCCUUGCGUGCCAGCUGUUAAGCUUAGGGCACAUAGACCCUGCCGCAGCGCAGAUAGCCUUAGAUAUGAUGUGGCGAUUGAAAGCAUAUGGGGAAAUAGUAGAAGUCUUGUUAAGUUGGAACGAACCAAUUAGUGCAGUCGGUGCAGCGAAACAAACUGGGGCGACAUGGCUGAACAUGCCCCCUCGUAAGCUUCUAUCAGCUGCAAAACACUACGCUGAAGAGAAAAACGAACCCACCGCCUUCAUGGCGGUGUACCAUGCGCUGGUGGCCAGGAACGAACGGUUAAGAGGAAACCCAAACUUUGUGAAGGGCGAGCAAUGUGCUGUGUACGUUGACUAUUACAAACAGUUGACGUCAGAGUCUUAACCUCGAAGUUCAAGGUGUAACUUUCAGUUUCGAUAAAAGAAAUCAUGCUCAUAUAUCGUUUCUAAAUUGUACAUCAUUUACGUAGCGAUUAUUUGCGACGGAAUUCAUGAGUGGAUUUUUAGUAAAAUUUGAUAUUGUGAUAUAAGAUAAUAUUUUUUUUAAGAAAAUUGUGUUAAUUUAGAAUAUAAUUUGUAAACAUUUUUUGUAUAUAAAUGAUUAAAGAUAAUUUAAUGUAUUAUACCUAUUAUAUGUACCUAU